AGUUACUCAAGGUAAAGACUGAUUUCGGAAAUAUUAGUGAAUAGAAAGGUUCUGUGUGUAUUAUCAGUCAUGGUUAAAAGAUUACUACCAUUUAAUAAAAAAAAAUGUUCCCCUCUCACACACCGCCCUCCUCACUAUGGCCCAGGAAUGGCAGUCCCUCCACAACUCCCUCCACCCCCCGCACCAGUCCUCAACAUGCAGACAGCAGAGGAAGCCUGUUCAAGCCUGACCUACAGACCAACAUGGCGAGGGGGAAGAAUGGCCGAUACCAUUCCCUGCUCUGCGGCUGAGGUCCACAUCCUUAGCCUGCUGGAAACCAUUAAACAGCAACAAGACCAGCUCGUGGCAAAGGUGAAGUACCUCAGCAGCAGGCUGAACACCACCCCGGGGCCAGAUGUUGAGAUGCCUGAAAAUAUCCAGUUUCCCCUGGAACAAUUGGAGGCCGUGGAGGAUUUUGAAAUGUUUCUGAAGGAACCAUCAAAUGGCCCAUCUCGACAGAGAGUCAUUUCUUCUUUGGCCACCAUUGGAGGCCAGGAUGUGAAGAGGUUGACCUGGAACAUCCUGGGCAGGCUCUUCACUGAUGAGGUGUCUCAUCAGAUCAACUGGAAGGGUGUUAAUAACAAAAAGCCCUUCAGUAGGAUGGCAACGAAGACCUUGCUUUUCAGUGCUGUGAAGAAAAACACUGUGACGCGGUCAGCCACAGAUGCAGAGGUCACCAAGCAUGCAAUCAGGUGGUUCAACCUGGCAGCAGAUCGAGCAACGAGGAGACGUGUCCCGCCUCCAUCCACACAAACGGAGUAAAAGAAAUGUUUAAA